AUGGAUUAUACAACUGAUACUAGAGCAACACCAGAAAAAUCAACAAAAACACAACAAACAUCUUCAACCUCUACAUCUACUUCCUCAACAACAAGUUCAACUACCACCUCUCACUCACCAUCAACAAUACAUGUAACUCCUACAACAACUUCAACUACUAUUACUUACAUACCAAGAACAACACCUACACCUUCAAUACCCCCAACAACUUCAACUACCACUACUCACUCACCUUCUUCAUCUCCUACACCGAUCACUAAACCUCCUAGCACUACAAGUACAGCCACCACCCACAUAACCUCCACACCCUCAACUACUGUAACUUAUAUACCAGGAACAUCACCUACUAUACCUCCGACACCCCCUACACCUCCAACAUCCCCUACACCUUCAACACCCCCAACAACUUUAACUACCACUACUCACUUACCUUCUUCAUCUCCUACACCGAUCACUAAACCUCCUAGCACUACAAGUACAGCCACCACCCACAUACCCUCCACACCCUCAACUACCGUUACUUAUAUACCAGGAACAUCACCUACUAUACCUCCGACACCCCCUACACCUCCGACAUCCCCUACACCUUCAACACCCCCAACAACUUUAACUACCACUACUCACUCACCUUCUUCAUCUCCUACACCUACCACUAAAACUCCUAGCACUACAAGUACAACCACCACCUACAUCCCCCCUACAACAUCAACUACCAUUACUCACUCACCACCAAUACCUGUAACCCCUACUACCAUUACUACACAUUCAACUUCUACAUCUACACUUGUUCAUAUUAAAACACCAUCAUCAACUACACUGGUUUCUGAAGCUCAGAAACACACAUCUACAACAGCACCAACAACUACAACAGCCACAAUUACGCCAACUACGACAAUUACAAUACCAGUUAUUGGCUCUACUAGCACAGUUACGACCCACACCCCCUCUACAUCCUACACAACAAAAAGCACUACUCACUCAACACCACCAAUACCUGUAACUCCUACCAUUACUACACAUUCAACUUCUACAUCUCCUACACCUACAACAAAAACUCCAAGCACUACUAGCACAGUUACCACCCACACCCCCUCUACAUCCUCCACAACAAAAAGCACUACUCACUCAACACCACCAAUACUUGUAACUCCUACUACCAUUACUACACAUUCAACUUCUACAUCUCCUACACCUACUACCAAAACUCCAAGUACUACUAGCACAGUUACCACCCACACCACCUCUACAUCCUUCACAACAAAGAGCACGACUCACUCAACACCACCAAUACCUGUAACUCCUACCAUUACUACACAUUCAACUUCUACAUCUCCUACACCUACAACCAAAACUCCAAGCACUACUAGCACAGUUACCACCCACGCCCCCUCUACAUCCUCCACAACAAAAAGCACUACUCACUCAACACCACCAAUACCUUUAACUCCUACAAUUACUACACAUUCAACUUCUACAUCUCCUAAACCAACAAAAAUAAUUUCUAGCACAAUUACAAUUACCACCCACACCCCCUCUACAUCCACCACAACAAAAAGCACUACUCACUCAACACCACCAAUACCUGUGACUCCUACUACCAUUACUACACAUUCAACUUCUACAUUUCUUACACCUACAACGAAAAGUCCAAGCACUUCUAGCACAGUUACCACCCACACCCCCUCUACAUCCUCCUCAACAAAAAGCACAACUCACUCAACACCACCAAUACCUGUAACUCCUACCAUUACUACACAUUCAACUUCUACAUCUUCUACACCUACAACAAAAACUCCAAGCACUACUAGCACAUUUACCACCCACACCCCCUCUACAUCCUCCACAACAAAAAGCACAACUCACUCAACACCAACAAUACCUGUAACUCCUACUACCAUUACUACACAUUCAACUUCUACAUUUCCUACACCUACAAUGAAAAGUCCAAUCACUACUAGCACAGUUACCACCCACACCCCCUCUACAUCCUCCUCAACAAAAAGCACUACUCAGUCAACACCACCAAUACCUAUAACCCCUACUACCAUUAAUACACAUUCAACUUCUACAUCUCCUACACCUACAACAAAAACUUCAAGCACUACUAGCACAGUUACCACCCACACCCCCUCUACAUCCUACACAACAAAAAGCACUACUCAUUCAACAGCAACAAUACCUGCAUCUCCUACUACCAUCACUACUCAUUCAACUUCUACAUCUCCUACACCUACACCGAAAACUCCUAGCACUACUAGCACAGUUACCACCCACACCCCCUCUACAUCCUCCACAACAAAAAGCACUACUCAUUCAACAUCAACAAUACCUUCAACUCCUACUACUAUAACUACACAUUCAACUUCUACAUCUCCUACACCUACAACAAAAGCUGCAAGCACUACUAGCACAGUUACAACCCACACUCCCUCUACAUCCUCCACAACAAAAAGCACUACUCACUUAACGACAACAAUACCUGUAACUCCUACUACCAUUACUACACAAUCAACUUCUACAUCUCCUAUACCUACAACGAAAACUCCAAGCACUACUAGCACAUUUACCACGCACACACCCUCUACAUCCUCCACAACAAAAAGCACUACUCACUCAACACCACCAAUACAUGUAACUCCUACUACCAUUACUACACAUUCAACUUCUACAUCUCCUACACCUACAACCAAAACUCCAAGCACUACUAGCACAGUAACCACCGACAUCCCCUCUACAUCCUACACAACAAAAAGCACUACUCAAUCAACACCAACAAUACCUGUAACCCCUACUACCAUUACUACACAUUCAACUUCUACAUCUCCUACACCUACAACCAAAACUUCAAGCACUACUAGCCCAGUUACCACCCACACAUCCUCUACAUCCUCCACAACAAAAAGCACAACUCACUCAACAACAACAAUACCUGUAACUCCUACUACCCUUACUACACAUUCAACUUCUACAUCUGCUACACCUACAACGAAAACUCCAAGCACUACUAGCACAGUUACCACCCACACCCCCUCUACAUCCUCCACAACAAAGAGCACUACUCACUCAACACCACCAAUUCCUUUAACUCCUACUACCAUUACUACACAUUCAACUUCUACAUCUCCUACACCUACAACUAAAACUCCGAGCACUACUAGCACAGUUACCACCCACACCCCCUCUACAUCCUCCACAACAAAGAGCACUACUCACUCAACACCAACAAUACCUGUAACUCCUACCAUAACUACACAUUCAACUUCUACAUCUCCUACACCUACAACAAAAGCUCCAAGCACUACUAGCACAGUUACCACCCAGACCCCCUCUACAUCCUCCACAACAAAAAGCACUACUCACUCAACACCAACAAUACCUGUAACUCCUACCAUAACUACACAUUCAACUUCUACAUCUCCUACACCUACAACAAAAGCUCCAAGCACUACUAGCACAGUUACCACCCACACCCCCUCUACAUCCUCCACAACAAAAAGCACUACUCAUUCAGCAUCAACAAUACCUGCAACUCCUACUACCAUUAAUACACAUUCAACUUCUACAUCUCCUACACCUACAACUAAAACUUCUAGCACUACUAGCACAGUUACCACCCACACCCCCUCAACAUCCUCCACAACAAAAAGCACUACUCAUUCAACAUCAACAAUACCUGCAACUCCUACUACUAUAACUACACAUUCAACUUCUACAUCUCCUACACCUACAACAAAAACUCCAAGCACUACUAGCACAGUAACCACCCACAUCCCCUCUACAUCCAUCACAACAAAAAGCACUACUCACUCAACACCAACAAUACCUGUAACUCCUACUACUUUCACUACUCAUUCAACUUCUACAUCUCCUACACCUACAACCAAAACUCCAAGCACUACUAGCACAGUUACCACCCACACCCCCUCUACAUCCUCCACAACAAAAAGCACUACUCAUUCAACAUCAACAAUACCUGCAACUCCUACUACCAUUACUACACAUUCAACUUCUACAUCUCCUACACCAACAACCAAAAUUCCAAGCACUACUAGCACAGUUACCACCCACACCCCCUCUACAUCCAUCACAACAAAAAGCACUACUCACUCAACACCAACAAUACCUGUAACUCCUACCAUUACUACACAUUCAACUUCUACAUCUCCUACACCUACAACCAAAACUCCAAGCACUACUAGCACAGUUACCACGCACACCCCCUCUACAUCCUCCACAACAAAAAGCACUACUCAUUCAACAUCAACAAUACCUGCAACUCCUACUACCAUUACUACACAUUCAACUUCUACAUCUCCUACACCAACAACCAAAAUUCCAAGCACUACUAGCACAGUUACCACCCACACCCCCUCUACAUCCAUCACAACAAAAAGCACUACACACUCAACACCAACAAUACCUGUAACUCCUAUCAUUACUACUCAUUCAACGUCUACAUCUCCUACACCUACAACCAAAACUCCAAGCACUACUAGCACAGUUACCACCCACACCCCCUCUACAUCCUCCACAACAAAAAGCACUACUCAUUCAACAUCAACAAUACCUGCAACUCCUACUACCAUUACUACACUUUCAACUUCUACAUCUCCUACACCAACAACCAAAAUUCCAAGCACUACUAGACCAGUUACCACCCACACCCCCUCUACAUCCAUCACAACAAAAAGCACUACACACUCAACACCAACAAUACCUGUAACUCCUACCAUUACUACUCAUUCAAAGUCUACAUCUCCUACACCUACAACCAAAACUCCAAGCACUACUAGCACAGUUACCACCCACACCCCCUCUACAUCCUCCACAACAAAAAGCACUACUCAUUCAACAUCAACAAUACUUGCAACUCCUACUACUAUAACUACACAUUCAACUUCUACAUCUCCUACACCUACAACAAAAACUCAAAGCACUACUAGCACAGUUACCACCCACACCACCUCUACAUCCUUUACAACAAAAAGCACUACUCACUUAACACCACCAAUACCUUUAACUCCUACCAUUACUACACAUUCAACUUCUACAUCUCCUACACCUACAACCAAAACUCCAAGCACUACUAGCACAGUUACCACCCACACCCCCUCUACAUCCUCCACAACAAUAAGCACUACUCAUUCAACAUCAACAAUACCUGCAACUCCUACUACCAUUACUACACAUUCAACUUCUACAUCUCCUAAACCUACAACCAAAACUCCAAGCACUACUAGCACAGUUACCACCCACACCCCCUCUACAUCCUCCACAACAAAAAGCACUACUCAUUCAACAUCAACAAUACCUGCAACUCCUACUACCAUUACUACACAUUCAACUUCUACAUCUGCUACACCAACAACCAAAAUUCCAAGCACUACUAGCACAGUUACCACCCACACCCCCUCUACAUCCUCCACAACAAAAAGCACUACUCAUUCAACAUCAACAAUACCUGCAACUCCUACUACUAUAACUACACAUUCAACUUCUACAUCUCCUACACCUACAACCAAAACUCCAAGCACUACUAGCACAGUUACCACCCACACCCCCUCUACAUCCUCCACAACAAUAAGCACUACUCAUUCAACAUCAACAAUACCUGCAACUCCUACUACCAUUACUACACAUUCAACUUCUACAUCUCCUACACCUACAACCAAAACUCCAAGCACUACUAGAACAGUUACCACCCACACCCCCUCUACAUCCUCCACAACAAAAAGCACUACUCACUUAACGACAACAAUACCUGUAACUCCUACUACCAUUACUACACAAUCAACUUCUACAUCUCCUACACCUACAACUAAAACUCCAAGCACUACUAGCACAGUUACCACCCACACCCCCUCAACAUCCUCCACAACAAAAAGCACUACUUAUUCAACAUCAACAAUACCUGCAACUCCUACUACUAUAACUUCACAUUCAACUUCUACAUCUCCUACACCUACAACAAAAACUCCAAGCACUACUAGCACAGUUACCACCCACACCCCCUCUACAUCCAUCACAACAAAAAGCACUACUCACUCAACACCAACAAUACCUGUAACUCCUACUACUUUCACUACUCAUUCAACUUCUACAUCUCCUACACCUACAACCAAAACUCCAAGCACUACUAGCACAGUUACCACCCACACCCCCUCUACAUCCUCCACAACAAAAAGCACUACUCAUUCAACAUCAACAAUACCUGCAACUCCUACUACCAUUACUACACAUUCAACUUCUACAUCUCCUACACCAACAACCAAAAUUCCAAGCACUACUAGCACAGUUACCACCCACACCCCCUCUACAUCCAUCACAACAAAAAGGAGUACACACUCAACACCAACAAUACCUGUAACUCCUACCAUUACUACUCAUUCAACGUCUACAUCUCCUACACCUACAACCAAAACUCCAAGCACUACUAGCACAGUUACCACCCACACCCCCUCUACAUCCUCCACAACAAAAAGCACUACUCAUUCAACAUCAACAAUACCUGCAACUCCUACUACCAUUACUACACAUUCAACUUCUACAUCUCCUACACCUACAACCAAAACUCCAAGCACUACUAGCACAGUUACCACCCACACCCCCUCUACAUCCUACACAACAAAAAGCACUACUUAUUCAACAUCAACAAUACCUGCAACUCCUACUACUAUAACUACACAUUCAACUUCUACAUCUCCUACACCUACAACAAAAACUCAAAGCACUACUAGAACAGUUACCACCCACACCACCUCUACAUCCUUUACAACAAAAAGCACUACUCACUCAACACCACCAAUACCUUUAACUCCUACCAUUACUACACAUUCAACUUUUACAUCUCCUACACCUACAACCAAAACUCCAAGCACUACUAGCACAGUUACCACCCACACCCCCUCUACAUCCUCCACAACAAUAAGCACUACUCAUUCAACAUCAACAAUACCUGCAACUCCUACUACCAUUACUACACAUUCAACUUCUACAUCUCCUAAACCUACAACCAAAACUCCAAGCACUACUAGCACAGUUACCACCCACACCCCCUCUACAUCCUCCACAACAAAAAGCACUACUCAUUCAACAUCAACAAUACCUGCAACUCCUACUACCAUUACUACACAUUCAACUUCUACAUCUCCUACACCAACAACCAAAAUUCCAAGCACUACUAGCACAGUUACCACCGACACCCCCUCUACAUCCAUCACAACAAAAAGCACUACACACUCAACACCAACAAUACCUGUAACUCCUACCAUUACUACUCAUUCAACGUCUACAUCUCCUACACCUACAACCAAAACUCCAAGCACUACUAGCACAGUUACUACCCACACCCCCUCUACAUCCUCCACAACAAAAAGCACUACUCACUUAACGACAACAAUACCUGUAACUUCUACUACCAUUACUACACAUUCAACUUCUACAUCUCCUACACCUACAACUAAAACUCCAAGCACUACUAGCACAGUUACCACCCACACCCCCUCAACAUCCUCCACAACAAAAAGCACUACUCAUUCAACAUCAACAAUACCUGCAACUCCUACUACUAUAACUACACAUUCAACUUCUACAUCUCCUACACCUACAACCAAAACUCCAAGCACUACUAGCACAGUUACCACCCACACCCCCUCUACAUCCAUCACAACAAAAAGCACUACUCACUCAACACCAACAAUACCUGUAACUCCUACUACUUUCACUACUCAUUCAACUUCUACAUCUCCUACACCUACAACCAAAACUCCAAGCACUACUAGCACAGUUACCACCCACACCCCCUCUACAUCCUCCACAACAAAAAGCACUACUCAUUCAACAUCAACAAUACCUGCAACUCCUACUACCAUUACUACACAUUCAACUUCUACAUCUCCUACACCUAAAACCAAAACUCCAAGCACUACUAGCACAGUUACCACCCACACCCCCUCUACAUCCUCCACAACAAUAAGCACUACUCAUUCAACAUCAACAAUACCUGCAACUCCUACUACCAUUACUAUACAUUCAACUUCUACAUCUCCUACACCUACAACCAAAACUCCAAGCACUACUAGCACAGUUACCACCCACACCCCCUCUACAUCCUCCACAACAAAAAGCACUACUCAUUCAACAUCAACAAUACCUGCAACUCCUACUACCAUUACUACACAUUCAACUUCUACAUCUCCUACACCAACAACUAAAAUUCCAAGCACUACUAGCACAGUUACCACCCACACCCCCUCUACAUCCAUCACAACAAAAAGCACUACACACUCAACACCAACAAUACCUGUAACUCCUACCAUUACUACUCAUUCAACGUCUACAUCUCCUACACCUACAACCAAAACUCCAAGCACUACUAGCACAGUUACCACCCACACCCCCUCUACAUCCUCCACAACAAAAAGCACUACUCACUUAACGACAACAAUACCUGUAACUUCUACUACCAUUACUACACAUUCAACUUCUACAUCUCCUACACCUACAACUAAAACUCCAAGCACUACUAGCACAGUUACCACCCACACCCCCUCAACAUCCUCCACAACAAAAAGCACUACUCAUUCAACAUCAACAAUACCUGCAACUCCUACUACUAUAACUACACAUUCAACUUCUACAUCUCCUACACCUACAACAAAAACUCCAAGCACUACUAGCACAGUUACCACCCACACCCCCUCUACAUCCAUCACAACAAAAAGCACUACUCACUCAACACCAACAAUACCUGUAACUCCUACUACUUUCACUACUCAUUCAACUUCUACAUCUCCUACACCUACAACCAAAACUCCAAGCACUACUAGCACAGUUACCACCCACACCCCCUCUACAUCCAUCACAACAAAAAGCACUACUCACUCAACACCAACAAUACCUGUAACUCCUACUACUUUCACUACUCAUUUAACUUCUACAUCUCCUACACCUACAACCAAAACUCCAAGCACUACUAGCACAUUUACCACGCACACACCCUCUACAUCCUCCACAACAAAAAGCACUACUCAUUCAACAUCAACAAUACCUGAAACUCCUACUACCAUUACUACACAUUCAACUUCUACAUCUCCUACACCUACAACCAAAACUCCAAGCACUACUAGCACAGUUACCACCCACACCCCCUCUACAUCCUCCACAACAAAAAGCACUACUCAUUCAACAUCAACAAUACCUGCAACUUCUACUACCAUUACUACACAUUCAACUUCUACAUCUCCUACACCAACAACCAAAAUUCCAAGCACUACUAGCACAGUUACCACCCACACCCCCUCUACAUCCUCCACAACAAAAAGCACUACUCAUUCAACAUCAACAAUACCUGCAACUCCUACUACCAUUACUACACAUUCAACUUCUACAUCUCCUACACCAACAACUAAAAUUCCAAGCACUACUAGCACAGUUACCACCCACACCCCCUCUACAUCCAUCACAACAAAAAGCACUACACACUCAACACCAACAAUACCUGUAACUCUUACCAUUACUACUCAUUCAACGUCUACAUCUCCUACACCUACAACCAAAACUCCAAGCACUACUAGCACAGUUACCACCCACACCCCCUCUACAUCCUCCACAACAAAAAGCACUACUCACUUAACGACAACAAUACCUGUAACUUCUACUACCAUUACUACACAUUCAACUUCUACAUCUCCUACACCUACAACUAAAACUCCAAGCACUACUAGCACAGUUACCACCCACACCCCCUCAACAUCCUCCACAACAAAAAGCACUACUCAUUCAACAUCAACAAUACCUGCAACUCCUACUACUAUAACUACACAUUCAACUUCUACAUCUCCUACACCUACAACAAAAACUCCAAGCACUACUAGCACAGUUACCACCCACACCCCCUCUACAUCCAUCACAACAAAAAGCACUACUCACUCAACACCAACAAUACCUGUAACUCCUACUACUUUCACUACUCAUUCAACUUCUACAUCUCCUACACCUACAACCAAAACUCCAAGCACUACUAGCACAGUUACCACCCACACCCCCUCUACAUCCUCCACAACAAAAAGCACUACUCAUUCAACAUCAACAAUACCUGCAACUCCUACUACCAUUACUACACAUUCAACUUCUACAUCUCCUACUCCAACAACCAAAAUUCCAAGCACUACUAGCACAGUUACCACCCACACCCCCUCUACAUCCAUCACAACAAAAAGCACUACACACUCAACACCAACAAUACCUGUAACUCCUACCAUUACUACUCAUUCAACGUCUACAUCUCCUACACCUACAACCAAAACUCCAAGCACUACUAGCACAGUUACCACCCACACCCCCUCUACAUCCUCCACAACAAAAAGCACUACUCAUUCAACAUCAACAAUACCUGCAACUCCUACUACCAUUACUACACAUUCAACGUCUACAUCUCCUACACCUAAAACCAAAACUCCAAGCACUACUAGCACAGUUACCACCCACACCCCCUCUACAUCCUCCACAACAAUAAGCACUACUCAUUCAACAUCCACAAUACCUGCAACUCCUACUACCAUUACUACACAUUCAACUUCUACAUCUCCUACACCUACAACCAAAACUCCAAGCACUACUAGCACAGUUACCACCCACACCCCCUCUACAUCCUCCACAACAAAAAGCACUACUCAUUCAACAUCCACAAUACCUGCAACUCCUACUACCAUUACUACACAUUCAACUUCUACAUCUCCUACACCAACAACCAAAAUUCCAAGCACUACUAGCACAGUUACCACCCACACCCCCUCUACAUCCCUCACAACAAAAAGCACUACACACUCAACACCAACAAUACCUGUAACUCCUACCAUUAGUACUCAUUUAACGUCUACAUCUCCUACACCUACAACCAAAACUCCAAGCACUACUAGCACAGUUACCACCCACACCCCCUCUACAUCCUCCACAACAAAAAGCACUACUCACUUAACGACAACAAUACCUGUAACUUCUACUACCAUUACUACACAUUCAACUUCUACAUCUCCUACACCUACAACUAAAACUCCAAGCACUACGAGCACAGUUACCACCCACACCCCCUCAACAUCCUCCACAACAAAAAGCACUACUCAUUCAACAUCAACAAUACCUGCAACUCCUACUACUAUAACUACACAUUCAACUUCUACAUCUCCUACACCUACAACAAAAACUCCAAGCACUACUAGCACAGUUACCACCCACACCCCCUCUACAUCCAUCACAACAAAAAGCACUACUCACUCAACACCAACAAUACCUUUAACUCCUACUACUUUCACUACUCAUUCAACUUCUACAUCUCCUACACCUACAACCAAAACUCCAAGCACUACUAGCACAGUUACCACCCACACCCCCUCUACAUCCUCCACAACAAAAAGCACUACUCAUUCAACAUCAACAAUACCUGCAACUCUUACUACCAUUACUACACAUUCAACUUCUACAUCUCCUACACCUACAACCAAAACUCCAAGCACUACUAGCACAGUUACCACCCACACCCCCUCUACAUCCUCCACAACAAUAAGCACUACUCAUUUAACAUCAACAAUACCUGCAACUCCUACUACCAUUACUACACAUUCAACUUCUACAUCUCCUACACCUACAACCAAAACUCCAAGCACUACUAGCACAGUUACCACCCACACCCCCUCUACAUCCUCCACAACAAAAAGCACUACUCAUUCAACAUCAACAAUACCUGCAACUCCUACUACCAUUACUACACAUUCAACUUCUACAUCUACUACACCAACAACCAAAAUUCCAAGCACUACUAGCACAGUUACCACCCACACCCCCUCUACAUCCAUCACAACAAAAAGCACUACACACUCAACACCAACAAUACCUGUAACUCCUACCAUUACUACUUAUUCAACGUCUACAUCUCCUACACCUACAACCAAAACUCCAAGCACUACUAGCACAGUUACCACCCACACCCCCUCUACAUCCUCCACAACAAAAAGCACUACUCACUUAACGACAACAAUACCUGUAACUCCUACUACCAUUACUACACAUUCAACUUCUACAUCUCCUACACCUACAACUAAAACUCCAAGCACUACUAGCACAGUUACCACCCACACCCCCUCAACAUCCUCCACAACAAAAAGCACUACUCAUUCAACAUCAACUAUACCUGCAACUCCUACUACUAUAACUACACAUUCAACUUCUACAUCUCCCACACCUACAACAAAAACUCCAAGCACUACUAGCACAGUUACCACCCACACCCCCUCUACAUCCAUCACAACAAAAAGCACUACUCACUCAACACCAACAAUACCUGUAACUCCUACUACUUUCACUACUCAUUCAACUUCUACAUCUCCUACACCUACAACCAAAACUCCAAGCACUACUAGCACAGUUAUUACCCACACCCCCUCUACAUCCUCCACAACAAAAAGCACUACUCAUUCAACAUCAACAAUACCUGCAACUCCUACUACCAUUACUACACAUUCAACUUCUACAUCUCCUACACCUACAACCAAAACUCCAAGCACUACUAGCACAGUUACCACCCACACCCCCUCUACAUCCUCCACAACAAAAAGCACUACUCAUUCAACAUCAACAAUACCUGCAACUCCUACUACCAUUACUACACAUUCAACUUCUACAUCUCUCACACCUACAACCAAAACUCCAAGCACUACUAGUACAGUUACCACCCACACCCCCUCUACAUCCUCCACAACAAAAAGCACUACUCAUUCAACAUCAACAAUACCUGAAACUCCUACUACCAUUACUACACAUUCAACUUCUACAUCUCCUACUCCAACAACCAAAAUUCCAAGCACUACUAGCACAGUUACCACCCACACCCCCUCUACAUCCAUCACAACAAAAAGCACUACACACUCAACACCAACAAUACCUGUAACUCCUACCAUUACUACUCAUUCAACGUCUACAUCUCCUACACCUACAACCAAAACUCCAAGCACUACUAGCACAGUUACCACCCACACCCCCUCUACAUCCUCCACAACAAAAAGCACUACUCACUUAACGACAACAAUACCUGUAACUUCUACUACCAUUACUACACAUUCAACUUCUACAUCUCCUACACCUACAACUAAAACUCCAAGCACUACUAGCACAGUUACCACCCACACCUUCUCAACAUCCUCCACAACAAAAAGCACUACUCAUUCAACAUCAACAAUACCUGCAACUCCUACUACUAUAACUACACAUUCAACUUCUACAUCUCCUACAACUACAACAAAAACUCCAAGCACUACUAGCACAGUUACCACCCACACCCCCUCUACAUCCAUCACAACAAAAAGCACUACUCACUCAACACCAACAAUACCUGUAACUCCUACUACUUUCACUACUCAUUCAACUUCUACAUCUCCUACACCUACAACCAAAACUCCAAGCACUACCAGCACAGUUACCACCCACACCCCCUCUACAUCCUCCACAACAAAAAGCACUACUCAUUCAACAUCAACAAUACCUGCAACUCCUACUACCAUUACUACACAUUCAACUUCUACAUCUCCUACACCUACAACCAAAACUCCAAGCACUACUAGCACAGUUACCACCCACACCCCCUCUACAUCCUCCACAACAAUAAGCACUACUCAUUCAACAUCAACAAUACCUGCAACUCCUACUACCAUUACUACACAUUCAACUUCUACAUCUCCUACACCUACAACCAAAACUCCAAGCACUACUAGCACAGUUACCACCCACACCCCCUCUACAUCCUCCACAACAAAAAGCACUACUCAUUUAACAUCAACAAUACCUGCAACUCCUACUACCAUUACUACACAUUCAACUUCUACAUCUACUACACCAACAACCAAAAUUCCAAGCACUACUAGCACAGUUACCACCCACACCCCCUCUACAUCCAUCACAACAAAAAGCACUACACACUCAACACCAACAAUACCUGUAACUCCUACCAUUACUACUCAUUCAACGUCUACAUCUCCUACACCUACAACCAAAACUCCAAGCACUACUAGCACAGUUACCACCCACACCCCCUCUACAUCCUCCACAACAAAAAGCACUACUCACUUAACGACAACAAUACCUGUAACUCCUACUACCAUUACUACACAUUCAACUUCUACAUCUCCUACACCUACAACUAAAACUCCAAGCACUACUAGCACAGUUACCACCCACACCCCCUCAACAUCCUCCACAAGAAAAAGCACUACUCAUUCAACAUCAACAAUACCUGCAACUCCUACUACUAUAACUACACAUUUAACUUCUACAUCUCCUACACCUACAACAAAAACUCCAAGCACUACUAGCACAGUUACCUCCCACACCCCCUCUACAUCCUUUACAACAAAAAGCACUACUCACUCAACACCAACAAUACCUGUAACUCCUACUACUUUCACUACUCAUUCAACUUCUACAUCUCCUACACCUACAACUAAAACUCCAAGCACUACUAGCACAGUUACCACCCACACCCCCUCUACAUCCUCCACAACAAAAAGAACUACUCAUUCAACAUCAACAAUACCUGCAACUCCUACUACCAUUACUACACAUUCAACUUCUACAUCUCCUACACCUACAACCAAAACUCCAAGCACUACUAGCACAGUUACUACCCACACCCCCUCUACAUCCUCCACAACAAAAAGCACUACUCUUUCAACAUCAACAAUACCUGCAACUCCUACUACUAUAACUACACAUUCAACUUCUACAUCUCCUACACCUACAACAAAAACUCAAAGCACUACUAGCACAGUUACCACCCACACCACCUCUACAUCCUUUACAACAAAAAGCACUACUCACUCAACACCACCAAUACCUUUAACUCCUACCAUUACUACACAUUCAACUUCUACAUCUCCUACACCUACAACCAAAACUCCAAGCACUACUAGCACAGUUACCACCCACACCCCCUCUUCAUCCUCCACAACAAAAAGCACUACUCAUUCAACAUCAACAAUACCUGCAACUCCUACUACCAUUACUACACAUUCAACUUCUACAUCUCCUACACCAACAACCAAAAUUCCAAGCACUACUAGCACAGUUACCACCCACACCCCCUCUACAUCCAUCACAACAAAAAGCACUACUCACUCAACACCAACAAUACCUGUAACUCCUACUACCUUCACUACUCAUUCAACUUCUUCAUCUCCUACACCUACACCGAAAACUCCUAGCACUACUAGCACAGUUACCACCCACUCCCCCUCUACAUCCUUCACAACAAAGAGCACUACUCACUCAACACCACCAAUACCUUUAACUCCUACCAUUACUACACCUUCAACUUCUACAUCUCCUACACCUACAACCAAAACUCCAAGCACUACUAGCACAGUUACCACCCACACCCCCUCUACAUCCUCCACAACAAAAAGCACUACUCACUUAACGACAACAAUACCUGUAACUCCUACUACCAUUACUACACAUUCAACUUCUACAUCUCCUACACCUACAACUAAAACUCCAAGCACUACUAGCACAGUUUCAACCCACACCCCCUCUACAUCCUCCACAACAAAAAGCACUACUCAUUCAACAUCAACAAUACCUGCAACUCCUACUACCAUUACUACACAUUCAACUUCUACAUCUCCUACACCUACAACCAAAACUCCAAGCACUACUAGCACAGUUACCACCCACACCACCUCAACAUCCUCCACAACAAAAAGCACUACUCAUUCAACAUCAACAAUACCUGCAACUCCUACUACCAUUACUACACAUUCAACUUCUACAUCUCCUACACCUACAACCAAAACUCCAAGCACUACUAGCACAGUUACCACCCACACCACCUCAACAUCCUCCACAACAAAAAGCACUACUCAUUCAACAUCAACAAUACCUGCAACUCCUACUACUAUAACUACACAUUCAACUUCGACAUCUCCUACACCUACAACCAAAACUCCAAGCACUACUAGCACAGUUACCACCCACACCCCCUCUACAUCCUCCACAACAAUAAGCACUACUCAUUCAACAUCAACAAUACCUGCAACUCCUACUACCAUUACUACACAUUCAACUUCUACAUCUCCUAAACCUACAACCAAAACUCCAAGCACUACUAGCACAGUUACCACCCACACCCCCUCUACAUCCUCCACAACAAAAAGCACUACUCAUUCAACAUCAACAAUACCUGCAACUCCUACUACCAUUACUACACAUUCAACUUCUACAUCUCCUACACCUACAACUAAAACUCCAAGCACUACUAGCACAGUUACCACCCACACCCCCUCUACAUCCUCCACAACAAAAAGCACUACUCAUUUUACAUCAACAAUACCUGCAACUCCUACUACCAUUACUACACAUUCAACUUCUACUUCUCCUACACCUACAACCAAAACUCCAAGCACUACUAGCACAGUUACCACCCACACCCCCUCUACAUCCUCCACAACAAAAAGCACUACUCACCUAACGACAACAAUACCUGUAACUCCUACUACCAUUACUACACAUUCAACUUCUACAUCUCCUACACCUACAACUAAAACUCCAAGCACUACUAGCACAGUUACCACCCACACCCCCUCUACAUCCUCCACAACAAAAAGCACUACUCAUUUUACAUCAACAAUACCUGCAACUCCUACUACCAUUACUACACAUUCAACUUCUACUUCUCCUACACCUACAACCAAAACUCCAAGCACUACUAGCACAGUUACCACCCACACCUUCUCUACAUCCUUCACAACAAAGAGCACUACUCACUCAACACCACCAAUACCUGUAACACCUACCAUUACUACACAUUCAACUUCUACAUCUCCUACACCUACAACCCAAACUCCAAGCACUACUAGCACAGUUACCACCCACCCCCCCUCUACAACCUACACAACAAAAAGCACUACUCAUUCAACUUUAACAAUACCUGCAACUCCUACUACCAUUACUACACAUUUAACUUCUUCAUCUCCUACACCUUUAACCAAAACUCCUAGCACUACUAGCACAGUUACCACCCAGACCCCCUCUACAUCCCAAACAACUUUAUCUACCACUAUGCACUCACCAUCAUCACCCACACCUUUAUCCAGUACAACUAUUCAUAUUAAAACACCAUUAUCAUCAGCUAGUUCGGUUUCUCCAUCCCAGCAACACUCAUCAACAACUGUUCAUUUAGCAGAUUAUAUGUCCUAUUAUACGUAUACAGUACUUAAUUUGCUUGGAUAUGUGUGGUCAGAUGUAAUUCGGUACACAUUGCUCCCAAAUGAUUAG